ACAACAUAGUGAUAAAUUUUCAUAUGAGAAAUCUCCUUCAUUCUCUUUUCUUUUCUUAAUUAUUUUAUUUAAUUUUAUUAAUGAGAAUUUUUUUAAGAGUUUUUCUUUGAUGAUGCUCUCGUUUUGAUGUUUAAAAAAGAACAUCAAUAGAUCACCGGUCACAUAUAAGAUACCUAUUAUGUUAGUUUACAAAAAAAAUAUAAUAUACUUAUUAUGUUUCUAACCAACUUCAAAAUAUUGCAAUUCAUUUUCAAUUCUGAGAAAAUUGUGAGAAAUCUCUCAAAAAUUGAUACUCUAGGCGCCAAACAAUGUCUUUUGAGAGGUCAAACAGCUUUUGAAUUAAGCAUUUCGUUUGGUAUCUAAGAGCAAAACAUCAAUAAAUAUUAAAAUUUUAAAACCAAGAAAUUUCUUAAAGUUAUUUUCUCGACUGCGAUAUAUCUAUAUUAUUAAAUACUCCAUAAUCACGUGAAAAUCAAGCAACGGUGAACAGACAAUUCGAAAUGUUUCAGCUCCUUGUGAGUCUCCUUAAGAACACAAAAAAAAACAGCGCUGAGAAGACAUUCUGAAUUCUUCUUGUCCCAAACACUAUUGCACGCAGCUUGAAUCAUAUUUCCCCAAAACCUCUUAGAAAAUUCUGCAUAACCCAGCAGACAAAAGAAAGAACACCAAGAAAGACAAAAAAGUCAGACAAGACAAAGCAAAACCCUCUUUGUCCAAACGAACCAACCCUUUCCAUAUAUAUACAAGCCCCAACACACAUACCACAACCCAUCCAAGAGAAGAAGCUUAAAGAAACAAUGAUUUUCUCUGCUUCCAUGUUUGCUUCUCUCGCACCAUAUAUAGCUUCCGCAUUACUUCUCUUCCUCCUCCUCGAGCAACUCUCUUACCUCAUCAAGAAACGUAACCUCCCUGGUCCUCUCUUCGUACCUCCCAUCAUCGGCAACGCCGUCUCUCUCGUCCGUGACCCCACUUCCUUCUGGUACAAGCAAUCCUCAACCGCGGGAAACUCUCCUGGCCUCUCAGCCAACUACCUCGUCGGGAGAUUCAUCCUCUACAUCAGAGACACAGAGCUCUCCCACCAAGUCUUCUCCAACGUACGUCCCGAUGCCUUCCACCUCAUCGGACAUCCCUUCGGCAAGAAGCUCUUCGGUGAUCACAACCUCAUCUACAUGUUCGGUGAGGAUCAUAAGUCCGUCCGCCGUCAGCUUGCUCCCAACUUCACACCUAAAGCACUCUCCACCUACACUGCUCUACAACAACUAGUUAUCCUCCGUCAUCUACGUCGGUGGGAUAAAACUCGUCCCGUGGUUCUACGAAACCUCGUCCGUGAACUCAACCUCGAAACAUCUCAGACAGUUUUUGUCGGACCCUACCUUGACAAAGAAGCAAGAGACAGGUUCCGUACGGAUUACAACCUCUUCAACCUCGGAUCCAUGGCGCUUCCGGUAGACCUCCCGGGGUUCGCGUUCGGCGAAGCUCGCCGGGCCGUGGCGAGGCUAGCGGAGACGCUCGCCGUCUGCGCGGGGAAGUCAAAAGCGAGGAUGGCGGCAGGGGAGGAGCCGACGUGUCUGAUAGACUUCUGGAUGCAAGCGAUCGUCGCGGAGGUAAACUCCGGUAACCCUCCGCCGCCGCACUCCGGCGACGAGGAGAUCGGCGGUUUCCUCUUCGACUUUCUCUUCGCGGCCCAGGACGCGUCCACGUCAUCGCUUCUCUGGGCGGUGGCUCUGCUAGAUUCGGAGCCGGAGGUGCUGAGGAGAGUGAGGGAGGAAGUCGUAAGGAUAUGGCCGCACGAGUCCGACGCGUUGAUAACCGUCGAACAGCUCGCGGAGAUGAAGUACACGCGCUCCGUCGCGCGUGAGGUCGUUAGGUUCCGUCCCCCGGCUACGAUGGUCCCACACGUCGCUGCUGAAGACUUCCCUCUCACGGAAUCGUACACUGUCCCGAGAGGCACCAUCGUGUUUCCCUCGGUUUACGACUCCUCGUUCCAAGGGUUUACUGAACCGGACCGGUUCGAUCCAGAUCGGUUUAGCGAGACGAGGAGAGAGGAUCAGGUGUUUAAACGAAACUUCUUGGCGUUUGGGUGGGGUCCGCACCAGUGCGUGGGGCAGCGUUAUGCGUUGAACCACCUUGUGCUAUUUAUCGCGAUGUUCUCGUCGCUGUUGGAUUUCGAGAGGGUUAGAUCGGACGGGUGUGAUGAGAUCGUGUAUUGCCCUACGAUUUCGCCUAAGGACGGGUGCACGGUGUUCUUGUCUCGCCGCGUCGCAGCGUAUCCCGACCUUUCAUUGAAUUGAUUUUGAAUAUUCUGUUUUCCUAUUCUUUUGUGUGGUCAAAGUCAAGAGUGUGAUUUUAUCAUUGUUUUGUUUGCGAUGGGUCUCUCGAAGUGAGAGGUCUUCAAGUGUUUAUUGAAUUCGAUAGGAGGUGUCAUUGUUUGUCAUAUCUUCAAGAUUAAUUAAUCUGUUUUAUCAUGUUGAAUUUUUUAAAGUGUUUCAUUUGUUUUGGUAAAAGUUCAUUUUUGUGUCAA